AUGUAUACUCCUGAUGAGGAUGAUAUUCUGAUUCAGAAGGCUGCUGCUAGUGGAGACCUUGAACUUCUUCAGGAAUUGGAAGUGAAGUUGGGUGGCAAUGAAUUGGAAGAGCAUUGUGAUACUCCUCUGAUACUUGCUCUUCAAAAGAGAAGAUUCAUCACAUCAAAAUAUCUAAUUAACCGAGGUGCUGAUAUCACCAUUGCCGAUCGUAAGGGGAAGACUUCGCUACAUUACGCCGCCGAACAAGAUAACAAGGAGCUUAUGCAAAUGUUGUUAUCGAAAGGUGCCGAUAUCGAGUCGAAUUCUGUGAACGGAACACCGCUGCAAUGUGCGGCAGCAUCCGGAAAUGUCGAAUCUGUUCGUCUUCUCUUAGGUCAUGGUGCAAAUCCGAAUCUAGUCUCUUCAAUCUCUCCUUCCCCGCUUGUGAGUGCGAUUAUUUCUCAAUCAUAUGAAUGCUUCGAGCUGUUACUGAAGGCUGGAGCUGAUCCGAACAUUAUCUCGUCUGGUUUACGUCCUUUGACUUGUGCAAUUCCAAUAGGCGAAGCCGGAUUUCUCAAGUCUUUGCUUGCUGCCGGAGCUAAUCCAAACCUAGUUACAUCAGUUUCGUUUCUAUUCUUUUUUUCAGAUAAUGAUAACAACUCUCUGAAACCGAUAGAGCAAGCUAUCUCUGUGGGUAAUCUUGAUUUUGCUCGUAUUUUAUUUCCAUUGACGGAGAGAAUUCCGAGUUAUCCCGAUUGGAGCAUCCAUGGAAUCGUAAACUACUUCCACACUGUAGAAGCUAAUAUGAAGAGAGAGCUAAGGAAGAAUGCUUACUUUCGGUUCGUUGAUCAGGAAGGCAAAAAUGCUGUGAAGAUAAAGGAUUACGCUACUGCAGUAAAAUGGUUCAGUGAGGUAAUUUAA